GACUUAUGACAAGAACGACCUCUAGCGUGUGACAUUUCACCAACUUAAUAUCAGUAAUUACUCUAUAAAAAACAGUCGUGCCAAAUUCAUUUUAUUUAAAUCAAAUUGACAAAAAUGGGGCUCGAUUAUUACGGAAUAUUACAAAUUCCACGACAUAGUACAGAUUUAGAAAUAAAAAAAGCAUAUCGAAAUUUAGCAUUAGAAUUUAAUAAAGAAUUAUUAACCAAUACUCAUGCUCAACAAGUAUUCGCUUUAAUUGGAGAAGCGUACGAUGUACUAUCUGACCCAGCUAAAAGGGCUGUUUUUGAUCAAUACGGGGAAGAAGGGUUGAAAAGAGGUAUCCCAACGGUUGAUGGUUGUUUUCCCGCUUAUCGAUAUCAUGGAGAUCCCAUGUUAACUUAUAAAAAAUUCUUUGGUACCACAUCACCGUAUGCGGAUUUAUUAGAUGUAUUAAAAAACCCCCCGGCGCUUUACCAACUAACGGACGGUACUAAAUGUGUAAAGAAAAAACAAGAACCUAUAAGACACCCUUUAUACUUGACCUUGCACGAAAUUUAUUUCGGUGGCGUGAAAAAAAUGAAAAUCCAUCGAUUGGUAUUCGUAAAUGAUGAAAGAACCACCACUGAAGUUAGAGAGAAGAUUUUGAAUGUUCCAAUUAAACCGGGAAUAAGACAAAAAACGGAAAUUGUUUUUCCCGAAGAAGGGGAUCAAAAUCCGGCAACAAUACCCGCCGAUGUUAUAUUCAUAAUAGAAGAGAGGAUACACGAAACUUUCGUUAGAAACGAAGAUGAUUUGAUAAUGACUGCGAAUGUUUGUCUAGAAGAUGCACUUUUGGGAACCACUGUAACCGUCAACACAAUCGAUCACAGGAUAAUAAGAGUCCCGAUAACAGACAUUAUACAUCCGGGCUACGAAAAAAUUGUGGAAAACGAAGGAAUGCCAAUUUUAGAACAAUAUCCCUAUAAAGGAAAUUUGAUAAUUAGAUUUAAUGUUACUUUUCCAAAAUAUUUACCGAAAAAUUGCAAGGAAAUGUUCAAAAAGGGUUUCGAUUUGUGCAAAAUCGAAGGGGGCAGUAGUCAACACGAAGUUAUCAAUAAACUCGUAUUAGCAGACAAGAUUCUCCGCGUUGAUCCCGAUGAAUGUUUACCUCCGACAAUAAGAACCACUAAUUAUUAAUAAAAUUUCAAAAUCGAUGUUAAAGUUUGUUGUUUUUAAUAAAAAAUUAAAAUAA